AUGAUGAGCCCGAAAGCGCUUGGAGCCCAGACAGCGCAGCCUCGGGUGCAGCGCCGGGCAGGUCGGGCGUGUGAGUACUGCAGGAAGAAGAGGCUUAAGUGCACCCCCGAGCAGCGUCCAUGCUUUAACUGCCAACUGUACAAUGCCGAUUGUGUUUACACGGAGCGCAAGAAGCGAGGUCAGGCGGCGAAUGGAUCCAACAGGAGCCGGGAUGGAGGAAGAGGCGAGCAGCAAACGCAAGAGAAUGGACAGGUCCAAGACCAAGAGACGCGGUCUGUCCAAAUGUCAGACGCCGGCGACAGCGCCGUGUCGGACUCUGUCUCUGGCGACAAGUCCGGCGCCGAGAUAGAGCCGGCUCCGAACCGAGUCGCUGCGGAGUCGCCCGAGCCGGCACCGGUCUUGACGCCCAGCAAUGCCAUGAGUGAGUCUUCUCAUCUGCACCUUGACUCGCUGGGUACCGUAGGCUUCUCUCCUCAGCCGACCCUGUUAGAUCCGGCAGGCCCGCCCGUGAUGCAGGCGGAGUACGCAUCGCUGCUUCAGGGCCUGGACAUGGAGGUUCCCAUGGACUUCUGGGAUCUCGACGCCCACGUCCACCCCUAUUACACCUCCCGCCUGCAGCGGCCGUCGCCGCUAUCCCUAGACACAACAGCGCCAGGCAUCUUCUCAUUGUUCGGAGACUCAAACGAAAGCACCACCUGCCCGAGGAUCCCGCUGGGUCUGUUCAUCGGCAAGGAUCUCAGGGCCAACAGCUUCAUCGGCCUCCACUCUGCCGGGUCAACGCUGGCUGUAUGUCUAAAGGACUGCCUCGCGAGAUCACAGGGCUUAGGCUCACUCGACCAUAUCCGAUUCCUCUUUGAUGCAGGGCCGCAUAUCAACCAGUCGAAUGUCCCCGGUAUCGGGUCGAGCAUGCUGAAGGAACUGCCGGAGAAGCAACUUGCCGAGUUUGGAAUCCAAGGUAUAGUUGAGCACGUCUCUGUGGUGAUGUCGAAGAUGAAGAUGGACAGGCCUUAUUUUGAGAACGUCCACCCCAUCUAUCCCAUUGUCGAUCGCCCGCUGUUUCUCGAAAACUGGCAGUCUCUUUAUACGAAGGAUAUCAGCGAGCUAGAUCACAUUGCAUUUUCGGCACUCUCCCUCGUUGUCGCUAUCGGGAUCCUCAGCGACCCCUGCGGCCGCGGGCUGACCGACCUGGAAGAGUCGGUGCUGAAGCUCUACUGGCAGGCCUGGGCAUUCCUGGACGAGGUUGUCGGCACGCCCUAUAUCCAGUCCGUCCAGAUUCUGCUCCUUCACGUCAUUCUUCAGCUUCAGAUGGGCAGAGAGAGCUUUGCCUGGGUCAUCUGUGGCCUAGCUAGCCGCAUAGCACAGUCGCUGGGCCUCCACCGCCGGAGUCCGACAAGGUUCAACCUGACGGAACAGGAAGUCUCCCUUCGCUCGCACCUGUGGUGGGUCACGUUCUCGCUGGACGCAUUCCUCUCCGCCGUCGAGGGCAGGCCGACGAGCCUGUCCCACACAAUGUCCGAUCACGACUCGCUCCCUCUCGGCAUCGGAGACGUGCCCUCUGGCUCCGAUGGGGGCAUCAUCGUCAGUGUUUUCCACUGGAACCUUAAGCUGGCCGUCAUCCGGCAUCAGUAUUGCUCCGUCGUCCAGCGAAGCGAGACGGUGCGUUCCCGCUUGGAGGCGCUGGUGGCUCUGGACAACACACUUGUUCGGUGGCACGAGGAGGUUCCGCUGGAGAUACGGCCGGGUCAGGCGCUCCUAGCGCCCCGGGCAGUCCAUCGCUUCAUUGGGCUACUUCAUCUCGAGUACUUCCUGACCAUGUGCACCAUCCACUGGGCCAUGGUGCUGUCAACGAGCAAGAAUCCCGAGAUCCGGUCCUCCCAUGAGAGCAUCCGCAUCCAGGCCAGCGAGAACAUUUGUGUCUCGGCCGCAAGGUCAUUUGUCGAUGUCUUGAACAGUUUUGCAAAUGAGUAUGAGGACGCCAAGCUUUUCUCCAUCACGUAG